CUGGCCUCCACAUACAGUUGGGGUUCGGCCGUGCUUGCAACUCUCUAUCAUGAGUUAUGUCAUGCAACCGGUUAUGAACGACAAGAAAUCGGUGGUUGUACUUAUUUGCUCCAAAUAUGGACUUGGGAAAUGAUUCCAAUGACUGCCCCGUAAGCAUGCCAAUAUUGCCACUCGGCCGCCCCCUCACAGGAAGGUGGGGAGGAAACGUUGGUCGUCAAAAGAAUCAAAUUGAUUUGUGGCAGAUCAAAAUUGACGAACUGAGAGCUGAAGACUUUGUGUGGAGGCCAUACCCAGAUCAUGUUCUAAAUUCGCUACCGGAACGGUGUCGGCAAAGUAUGCACUUGUGGAGAUCAGUUGUGCCAAUGAUAUGCUACAACUUUGUUGAGUGGCACCAACCGGAUAGAGCCUUGCAACAGUUUGGCAUGUUUCAGGGGGUACUUGACCCACCAUAUCAAAUUGAUGAAAUGCAUGACAUUUCCUUGUCGGGGAAGGAACAGGAAGAUUGGGUUACAACCAUGAUGCCCUUUAUACAGAUGUGGGAGCAAAGACACCACAGGACGAUUGAGCAACCCAUGGUUAAUAUGUUUGCUAGCCCUAAUGACCCUUACAUGAAGUGGUACGCCCAACAUUCCAUUCGUUGGCUGACGCGCCAGAGUUCGACAACAGGGCAAAUUGUGAUGUUAUAUAACCUUUGCUUCUCUUUGUUCCUACGUUCGUAAUUUUUGA